UAAAAGAUCUAACUCUUCACAAGUUCUCUGGAGACAAUUUGGAACUUCCUAGGUUAUGACAGGGUUUUUGCCACAGAGCCCGUGAAAAAGGACAGAGUGAUCAGCAGCCUGACCCUGAACCUGUCAGGCAUUCUUCUCUAAAGAAUUUCGUUUAAGAGACAAAAGAGCACCAUGGACAUGGCCUCGGAGAUCCACAUGUUACAACCCAUGUGCCUCAUUGAGAACACUGAGGCUCACCUAGUGAUCAACCAGGAGGCUCUGAGGAUUUUGUCUGCCAUCAACCAGCCUGUGGUGGUGGUGGCAAUCGUGGGCCUCUACCGCACAGGCAAAUCCUACCUGAUGAACAAAUUGGCUGGGAAGAGAACAGGCUUCUCCCUGGGCUCCACUGUGCAGUCUCACACCAAGGGCAUCUGGAUGUGGUGUGUGCCUCACCCCAAGAAGGCAGGGCAAACCCUAGUUCUGCUUGACACCGAGGGCCUUGAAGAUGUUGAGAAGGGAGACAACCAGAACGACUGCUGGAUCUUUGCCUUGGCAGUCCUCCUCAGCAGCACCUUCGUCUACAACAGCAUGGGAACCAUCAACCAGCAGGCCAUGGACCAGCUGCAUUAUGUGACAGAGCUGACUGAUCUUAUCAAGUCAAAGUCAUCACCUGAUCAGAGUGGGAUAGACGACUCUGCUAACUUUGUGGGCUUCUUUCCAACCUUUGUGUGGGCUCUGAGAGAUUUCUCCCUGGAGUUGGAAGUCAAUGGAAAACUUGUCACUCCUGAUGAGUACCUGGAGCAUUCGCUGACCCUGAAGAAAGGAGCUGAUAAGAAAACUAAAAGCUUUAAUGAGCCUCGACUGUGCAUCAGGAAAUUCUUUCCGAAGAGGAAGUGUUUCAUCUUUGACAGACCUGCUCUGAGGAAGCAACUCUGCAAACUGGAGACUCUGGGGGAGGAGGAGCUGUGUAGUGAGUUUGUAGAACAAGUUGCAGAAUUCACCUCGUAUAUCUUCAGUUACUCUGCUGUCAAAACUCUGUCUGGUGGCAUCAUAGUCAAUGGGCCACGUCUAAAGAGCCUGGUGCAGACCUAUGUUGGUGCCAUCAGCAGUGGGUCUCUCCCCUGCAUGGAGAGUGCAGUCCUGACUUUGGCCCAGAUAGAGAACUCAGCUGCAGUACAAAAGGCCAUCACCCACUAUGAAGAACAGAUGAAUCAGAAAAUCCAGAUGCCCACAGAAACCCUCCAGGAGCUGCUAGACCUGCACAGGCUGAUUGAGAGGGAGGCCAUUGAGAUCUUCCUAAAGAAUUCUUUCAAGGAUGUAGACCAGAAGUUCCAGACAGAAUUAGGGAACCUGCUGAUAUCAAAGCGAGAUGCCUUUAUUAAGAAGAACUCGGAUGUAUCAUCAGCUCAUUGUUCAGAUCUGAUAGAGGAUAUUUUUGGACCUCUGGAAGAAGAAGUAAAACAAGGGACAUUUUCCAAACCAGGAGGUUACUUCCUCUUCCUUCAGAUGAGACAAGAGCUAGAGAAGAAGUAUAACCAGGCUCCUGGGAAGGGGCUCGAGGCAGAAGCGGUGCUGAAAAAGUACUUUGAGUCCAAGGAAGACAUUGUUGAAACACUUCUAAAGACGGAUCAGUCACUCACGGAGGCAGCAAAGGAGAUUGAAGUGGAACGGAUUAAGGCUGAAACUGCUGAAGCUGCAAACAGAGAGUUAGCAGAGAAGCAGGAGAAGUUUGAGCUGAUGAUGCAGCAGAAGGAAGAGAGUUACCAGGAGCACGUGAGACAGCUGACUGAGAAGAUGAAGGAGGAACAGAAAAAGUUAAUAGAAGAACAGGACAACAUCAUAGCUCUUAAACUUCGGGAACAGGAAAAAUUUCUCAGGGAAGGAUACGAGAACGAGAGCAAGAAACUUCUUCGAGAGAUUGAGAACAUGAAGAGACGACAAUCACCUGGGAAAUGCACCAUACUCUAAAGGUCCGAGGCCCAAACCUCUCUGCCAAACUCUUCAUCACAGAAUAUGUGGACUGACACCUUUAGGCUUUGAAACAGCUGUUAUGAUACUACGUUCAUUUUAGCUCAAAAAUCAAUCACAUGCAAAUCCAGUUUGGGGUCACCGUCUGACCACUGGGCAGCAUCAGAAGAAGUUCGCCCAGCCACAUAUGUUCCUCCUCUAUAAUCUUAAGUUUUCCUCUUUCCUACAGUACAACUUCUGCAAUUACAGAGCAGGCAACUUUUAAUUAACUUACAAAACAAACUCCCUUUCUCUGAGGACCUUGACAUUUUGCUACAGUCCUUCAAAACCUAAAUCCCAUCUCCAUUUUCCCUGUGAUCUUUCUCCCUACUAUGGCAGUGUGUCUUGAACUUUCUCAGGACAAAUGUCUUGCAAGAGCACGAGUUAAUAAAAUUGAUUAGCCUACCAU